UUUGGAUACAACACGAAAAUGGCGACGACGGCAACGGCGCGGACGAGACCGUCCAAGGAGGAUACGCUGGUGGAAUUCAAGCUAGCGUUCCGUGAAUACCUCACGCGAUCGCAUGUGGCAGCCGAGAACGAAAUGGAUUCGCUCAUGCACCUCCUGGAGCAGCCUCUGCCCGUGUGCUUUCGUUUGAACCUCGAUGGCCUCGAAUCCGAGCGGCUGAAGGCGCUGUUUUCGUCCAAGCUUCAGUUUCCACUCCGCACGUACUUCCACAACAACGUGGCGAUCACACCUCCCCAACCCAUCUCGUGGUACCCGCAAGCCAACACGGCGUGGCAAGUUGCGUGUGGCCGCGUCGCGUUCUCCAAAGCUGCCCAUCAACCUGGCCCCGUGCAAGAUUUCCACAAGUGCCUUUUGGAACACACCGACUAUGGCAACAUUGACCGACAGGAAGCCGUGAGCAUGCUGCCAGUGCUACUCCUGGACGUCCAGUCUGGCCAUCGCAUCCUCGACAUGUGUGCGUCCCCUGGCUCCAAGACGACGCAGAUUCUGGACCUCAUUGCCGACGGCAUGGUCGUGGCCAACGACAUGAACAAGAAGCGCGCGUACAUGCUCGUACAUCGUCUGUCUCGCAAUACGCUGCAGUCGGCCGUUGUCACAUGUGGCCCCGGGCAGUUGUUUCCCGGCUUGUACACGACCCAGGACUCGACCAACUCGCCGACUACUUCUCUGCAAACUACCAAUGUGUUUGAUCGCGUGCUGUGCGACGUUCCGUGCAGUGGCGACGGCACCCUCCGCAAGAGCCAGACGCUGUGGAAGGAGUGGCACAUUGGCCAAGGGCUGACGCUGUUCCCGACGCAGUUGGCGUUGGCGCUGCGCGGCGCCGCGCUCGUCAAAGUCGGCGGCAUCAUGGUGUAUUCCACGUGCUCGUUCAAUCCUGUCGAAGACGAAGCGGUUGUGGCCGAGUUGCUGCGACGAAGCGAUGGGGCGUUGGAAGUGGUCGACGUGGCUGAACAACUUCCAGGACUAGUGGCAAGACCUGGCCGCACGGCGUGGUCGGUGGGCUGGCGUUCCAAAUCCAAGAGCUCUGCGAAAGGACACGUCAUCAAGCGAGUGCCCCAGACCAAUGAGCUGCACCACUGGUUUGACGACUACAACGACGUCCCGGCCCAGCUCCAAGGCGACCGCAUCCUCCGCUGCAUGUUUCCGCCGUCAUCUAGCGCCAUGCGCGAUGCGUUGCGCCGGUGCAUGCGCCUGGUGCCAACCGACGGCGACUCUGGCGGAUUCUUCAUCGCAGUGCUGCGCAAGACCAAGAACCUCCCCGGAGACGGCGACCUGCAAGAGGGGCUGCCCCCCCUCGACGAAGUGCAAGCAGGCGACCCCCCCACGGGGUAUGUGUGCAAACUGUGCGAAAAGCCCGGCCAUUACAUGAAGCUGUGCCCGUUGUUUGACACCGUGUACGACCCGGACGACGAGCCUAGCAAGGCCAAGAAGGCCAAGGUCCACGACGAGGAUACCACCGUCAGUACGACCAUUGUUGCGGCCAAAGAGUCGCCUUAUCGUCGGAUCACGGACGAUGUGUGGACAAAACUCGAGAGCUUUUACGGGUUCAAGGAUCACGGCGUGGCAUUCCGCCAGGCACUGUGGAGUCGAUCCGACUCGUCGGCGCAAAUAAACUACGUCCAUGACAACAUUGUAAACGCGUGCAUGGCUGGCGGCGACGCGCUCCAGAUUGUCAACACGGGCCUCAAAGUGUUUUCGAAAACGUCCGACGGAUUCUUUCGCCCUACGAGUGAAGGGCUGGCUGUGAUUCGGCCGUUUCUCACCAAACGCGUCUUGUACUUCUCCCUCGACGACUUUCAAAUGCUUGUGGCCCGCCCCGACGCCGUGCCCUUUGCCGCCCUCGCCCACGCCGACGGCCACGAGUCAACGAAAGCACUAGCCGAGCUGCCCCUCGGUCCGGCCGUGGGGGUGUUGCUGCUGCCGCCGACCAUCCAAGGCGACGCUGCCAUGAAAACAUGGCCACUGCUCCAAGACCGCUUGCUGUGCAACCUCUGGCUGGGCAAAGGAUCGUUCAUGCCCCGACUGUCGGCGCUCAAACGCGCGGAAAUGACUGAGUUGUUGCGAGCGUAUUGCGGAGUUGCUGCCAAUUAAGAAACACUUGUUUGAAAUGUACACAC